CAUGACAAAUGUGCAUGGUGUUCCGGUGGUUUUGGAAGAUGCAAUCAUCGACCUUACUGAUGUCAAAGAGCCUCCUCAAGGCGACAAAAAGGCCGGUAAAUCCAAGGUGAUAGAUGUCCUCGGUGAUGACGACAUGGAAGAGGCAAUAGUGGCCGGAGAAGACCAGGCCGAAACUCAGGCUCUUUACCCAAACCCUAGUUCCCUUUUCCCGAAGGUAACAUUCACGGUAAGGAGCCUCACUGAAAAUGAUCCUGGAGUUGAGUUUAGCCUUAGGGUUAAUGAAAGUUUCGAGCAGGUUUACUACAAGUAUGCUGCUAGGGUGGACUGCUUGCCGGAUGAUAUUACUAUUAAGAAGGCUGGUGCUAUAAUUGUUGGUAGUGAGACACUGGAACGGGCUGGGAUUCACACCGGAGCCAAGUUCUUUGUUGUCGGACGGGUAAAGUAGAAAUAUGUACAGUGAAGAUCAUGGUUUCAUAUUUAAUGAUGAGGAUAAUAUGGACGUUCAUACAAAAGUCAUCUACCUUCGAGAGGUCCGAACCCGUCCAAUGUAUAAGAAGGUGAUAAUCCGGAUGGAUGCGUAUCUUGAGAAGCUAUUUCAAAUCUGGAGUGAGGAAGUCGAUGUGAAUCGUGACUACAUAACAAUGAUCCAUGAAAACAGGGAGGUUACUCCAAUUCAUACCGUUCGAGGUGCGAGUAUUAGGAAUGGACACGAAGUGUUUUGUUUCCCCAAAAUCUGAUCUGUGACCGAAAAGGGAGUAAGAGAGAUUGUUUUUGUCCUUGUCAAGACAAGUGAAUUGAUAUUGAUAAUGAACUUCAAUUCCAAGUUGUUGUGAUAUAGUAGGUACUUUGGGCUUCCCAUAUGCUUUCGAUUAGUUGAUCUAGAGGAUAACAAUGUAUUUUGUAGGACUUUAAAUACCCAGUUCAAGUGGGCAUGAUGAUCAACUUUAAUGAAUCUUGUAAUAUAUUUGGUUGUUGGAAUGAAUGUUGUGAUAUAUUUGGUUGUUGGGAAUGAAAUGUUAUCUUUCAUGUCUAAUCAUAAUAUUUGGUG